CAGGUUACAGCAGAAAGGUCAUGACAGUGAAUGCUGCAUCACUCUGUUUCAGAAAUAAGGUCAUCUUGGCCCCUAUGGUACGAGUUGGAACUCUCCCGAUGCGACUGCUGGCUUUGGAUUAUGGUGCUGAUAUUGUGUACUGUGAGGAGCUGAUUGACCUAAAGAUGCUAAAGUGCAAGAGAGUUGUAAAUGAGGUGCUUGGAACAGUAGACUUUGUGGCUCCAAAUGAGCGAGUCGUGUUCAGGACCUGUGAAAGAGAAAAAGACUCUGUUGUCUUUCAGAUGGGAACAGCAGAUGCUGAGAGAGCACUGAGAGUAGCCCAGCUUGUAGAGAAUGACGUGGCAGGCAUUGAUGUCAACAUGGGAUGUCCCAAAGAAUAUUCCACUAAGGGAGGUAUGGGAGCAGCACUGCUGUCUGAUCCUGACAAAAUAGAGUCCAUUCUCACUGCCCUUGUCGAAGGAGUCUGUAAGCCAGUGACCUGCAAAAUCCGGAUCUUGCCAUCAAUAGAAGAAACAAUAAGUUUAGUGAAGAAGAUAGAAAAGACUGGAGUUGCUGCCAUUGCUGUUCAUGGAAGGAAGAAAGAAGAGAGGCCUCAGCAUCGUGUCCACUGCGACGUGAUUAAAGCCAUCUCAGAAGCCGUCUCUGUUCCGGUAAUAGCCAAUGGAGGCUCCCAUGACUUCAUCAAAGACUAUUCCGAUCUGGGGACCUUCCAACAAGCAACAGCAGCAUCUUCUGUGAUGGUGGCUCGCGCAGCAAUGUGGAACCCCUCCAUCUUCCAGAAGGAAGGAUCCCAGCCCCUGAACGAAGUUGUACAGGAAUACAUCAAAUACGCAGUGCGGUAUGAUAACCACUACACCAACACAAAGUACUGCUUGUGCCAAAUGUUAAGGGAGCAGCUAGAAAAUGCACAAGGAAAGAAGUUGCAUGCAGCACAGUCCAUGCAGGAAAUAUGUGAAGUAUUUGAAAUGAGCAGUUUUUACAAAGAAACAUCAGCUCUCCUAGAGGCCAAGAAAGUUUCAUUAGAAACAAAGGACCAAGAUGAAGAUGACCAGAUAGAAGACACAGAUGUCAUAAAGAUGGCAGUCAAAUUUCACAAGCGAGAAUAUCCCCCACAGAUCACACCCAAAAUGUGUCUUUUAGAAUGGUGCAGGAAUGAAAAACACCUUCCGCCUGUGUAUGAAACGACUGAAAGACCUCUGGAUAGACUCUUCUGUUCAGUUGUCACUGUAGCCAAUCAGAAGUACAGAUCGACCUUCUGGGAGAAGUCAAAAAAACUGGCUGAACAAGCAGCUGCUAUUGCCUGCUUAAGGACCCUUGGUCUGCCAGAAGGCAAGUGGAGCGAGGAAACCAGUCACCUUGUGAACAAACGCAAGAGGCCCGAUCAGGAACCUUUGCGCAAUGGAGAACACACAGAUCAGCUUGCUGCAGAGGCUGCUUGUAAGAAGCCUCACUUUAUUCCUGAGGUUUCAGACUCCAGCGUUUCCUAGGUGCUGCUGUGGCAUGAACACAGACGUCGCCCAGCUCUGCAGCUGUGGAUUCCUUCCUUCCUUCCCCACCCCCAUCCCCUUUAACAAUCUUCCUCGUAUUUCUCCUGGAUGCUGUUGAUCAGAACAGAUAAGUAUGGAUUUCAAAACCACCCAUCCACAUACGAUACCAUUGGCAUCCUACGACUCACUUCUGGUGCCUUUGAAUGGGGACAAAUGAGCAGCUCUGUUUUGUGGGGGGUAAUCUUAAAAUUCUUUUAAUGGCAGAAGACAAAUUUGGAUGAGCAUAGACAAUUGUGCAAACCUGUUUAAUGUCCACAGUUCAGUUGCAGACUGUAGUGAUAAUCCGAAUACUGAUUUGUGGCCAAGGAAGGAGGGGGCAGCAUAGAACACAAAUUGCUAUACCUGAGCUGUUUGUGGUUUUUUUUUUGUUUUAAUUUUAUGGAAUGUAUGUUUUAAAAAAACACUAUGGACAACACA